AGAUCUGGCAGAGUUUGACCACGUCACUUUCUGAACGGGAUCAGAGAAAUGAAUAGGUUAAUUAUCUCCUACGCCGUUAUCUGUUUUUCUUCACUAUGGGUGUGGGCAAAAAUAUCCAUUGACGUGGAAACGCCUAGAAAUACACAUCUGACUGGAGAUGGACAACCGGAAAGGAUAACUGUGAGAUUACGAACUGAUUCUGACCCAGCGCAAUGCUUUUUACAACAAACCAAAGAUUCUACAGCAAAAUUGUUUGAUAACUAUGUGUUAACUGUGAGAAAAGAUGGCAUAAAGAUAUUUUACGAACCAUUUUUGACUAAAUUGAGCGAUUCAACUCAAGAAUUAACCAUUGAUGUUUUAGCAUUAAGAGAUAGCGAUAUUGAGAAAGACGAAUAUUUUGGUAUUAAUAUAUUAUGUAGAGAAUGGAACGAUUCUUCCAAAAAAGUUGGUUAUAAAUCAAUAAGAAUAAUAAGAUUUUUGAUAUUAGUUGAAAAUAAUGUUAAUGAACCUUAUUUUCGACAAAUCGUCAGAGACGAUGAGAAAGGCAUGCAUUAUAGAUUAUGUUACGAAUUACAUGAAAAAUAUGGAAGAAUUUUAGAAAUUCUUAAGGAUGAAAAGUCAAAUGUUACUGUAAAUGUCCAAUUAAAAAAACAAUUUAUUCAAUCAAUUUUUAUUUCUACAUUAUUUGACGCUAGAGCUAAUUUAACUAUUAAAGUCACACCUCCGGCUACCUCUACUUUAAAUGAAUUCAAUAGAGACGCUGAAAUAAUUGUCCAACAAGGGAGAAAUUCUGAUCUUGCCAUCUGUCGUCUUCUUUACGAGGGGACGGCAAAGAGCCAAAAAGAUUUUACAGUAUAUGUAGAGGAUCAAGAUGGAAAUGAAAUAUACGGCGCAUACUCUUUCCCAACAAUUCUGAUAGAUGAGUCGGAUAGAAUGAUAAUAACUAUUAAAAUUCUUCUGGACAAACCAAAGACUUCCAAAAUGUUAAAAGUGAUAGUAUCGUGCACAGAUGUAUUUGAUAAUACUAGAAACUACGGUGAAGUAUUAUUGUAUAUUCAAGCAGAUUCACCAGUGAAAGAUGCAAUUACUCAAGGUGAUCCACAUUUUGGUCAGAUAAUUUUGGACAAAAAUAGUUCGAUUCCUCAUAGAAUCUGUUACGAUGUCAGCGGUAAAAGUGGGCAAAGAAUACAUAUUCUAUCAGAUGAAAGGAUAAAUAUGUCGGUACAUGGAACAUUGAUGGAUGAUUAUUAUAUGCAUUCAAUUCAAAUUUAUUCACCUCAUUGUAAAUUUGAUUUAAAUACGAAAGAAUUAAAAUUGGAAAAUGGUAAAUCAAUUCAAUGGACGUUAAGACAAGAUUAUAUAAAGAUAAUUGAUCGACUGUACAGAAUUGAAAUAAAAGAAUACGAAAUCAAUUUUGAAUAUUUUGAAUUGGCGGGCAAUUCUCUAAAAUUAAUUAUAUCAAGAAAACAACAUUCUAUAACUGGCCAUUAUUUAGAUGUUAUAUUUCCGAAUAUAGGCUACAAUUAUGAAAAUAUAGGUGGUUUAAUAGGCAGAAUUGGUAGAAAUAAUUUUAUCUUCUACAAGGCAGUACAAUACGGAAAUGAUUCAAAUUAUCAAAGGACUGUUAUAGAUGUAAAUGGUACAAAUGUUCAGGCUUUAUUAACGGAAAGAAAUAAAAACGAUUGCUGGUUAGUCGAUGUAAAGGAUGCUUUAGGAUCUAUACCACUAUCAGCAUACGUAUGUUAG